GUUACUAUACCGAACGGUUCUGCGCUCGCUCUGCGCUCCCAUUUCCCCUAUAAACCAUAUAUAUAUAUAUAUAUCUAGAUAUCUACCUAUAUAUAUAUAUACAUAUAUCUUAUGUGCCCGACUUGUUUAAGCAAAUAUUAUCGCUAGUAAUAAUAAGAAGCAGCAAAUGUUGAAGUGAUUGAAUUCGAGAAACAAAAAUAACAUAAAAAACAAAGCAAAAGAAAAGUUAAAAAAGAAAAUUUGAAAAUACACCACAAGGCGGCAGUGGAAAAUCGAGUAGAAAAUCCGCCGGAAUCGCCGCCAUGCAUACGUUAUUCAGCGACCAGAACUCCUUUACCCGCCACUAUGCCCAGACCGCCGCCGGGUACGGAUCAGCUUCGGCAGUGGCGGCGGCAAGCAGUGCCUCGGCAGCAGCGGCGGCACAUUACGCAUACGACCAGUACUCCCGCUAUCCGUACUCGGCCAGUGCCUACGGUCUGGGUGCACCGCAUCAGAACAAGGAGAUCGUGAAGCCGCCGUACUCCUACAUAGCCCUGAUAGCCAUGGCCAUACAGAAUGCGGCCGACAAGAAGGUCACCUUGAAUGGCAUCUAUCAGUAUAUCAUGGAGAGGUUUCCCUACUAUCGGGACAACAAACAAGGCUGGCAGAACUCCAUCCGGCAUAAUCUUAGCCUGAACGAGUGCUUCGUCAAGGUGGCCAGGGAUGACAAGAAGCCCGGCAAAGGUUCCUACUGGACCUUGGAUCCCGAUUCGUACAACAUGUUCGACAAUGGCUCCUUCCUCCGGCGGCGUCGUCGUUUCAAGAAGAAGGAUGUGAUGCGGGAGAAGGAGGAGGCCAUAAAGCGACAGGCCAUGAUGAACGAGAAGCUGGCCGAGAUGAAGCCCCUUAAGCUGAUGACCAAUGGUAUACUGGAGGCCAAGCACAUGGCUGCCCAUGCAGCGCACUUCAAGAAGGAACCACUGAUGGAUCUGGGUUGCUUAAGCGGCAAGGAUGUAUCCCACGCUGCCAUGCUGAACUCCUGUCACGACAGCUUGGCCCAGAUGAAUCACUUGGCCGGCGGUGGUGUGGAGCAUCCCGGUUUCACCGUGGACUCCUUGAUGAAUGUCUACAACCCGCGUAUCCAUCACAGCGCCUAUCCUUAUCAUUUGAAUGAGGAUAACCUGGCCACGGUGGCUAGUAGUCAGAUGCAUCAUGCCCACCAUGCCGCCGCCGCCCAUCAUGCCCAGCAAUUGCAACGUCAUGUGGCGCAUGUAGCCCAUCCUCUGACGCCUGGCGGUCAGGGAGCUGGUGGCCAAUCCUCUGGACAUUCGCCCACCACGAUCUCAACGCCCCAUGGACCCGCGCACGGAGGUUGGUACACCCCGGAGACCCCGCCAUCGGAACCACUUCCUCAUAAUGGCCAGCAGGGCACACCCACCCACCCGGGCAACAAUAACAACAACAGCAGCAGUGUACUUAACCACAAUGGAGUGGGCAAUGGAGGCGGUGGCGGUGGAACCUCAAGUGUGCUGACCAGCAGUCCCACCUCUGCAUUGGGUUUCCGUGACAUGAUCUUCGAGCAGAAUCAAUCCUGUCAACUGGAUACGGGAAGUCCAACUGGUAGCCUUCAAUCCGCUAGUCCACCUGCCUCCGCAUCUGUGGCAGCGGCAUCAGCGGCAGCCGCUGCGGCGGUGAUCAGUAGCCACCAUCAUCAUCAUCAUCAUCAUCAUGCGGCUCUAAGCGGGAACCUGGGCCAGCUGGGCCAGCUGAGCAACCUGAGCCACUACCGACCACAUGUGGGUCACUACCAGGAGUACGGCAUCAAGUACGGGGUCUAAGCUGAGGGAUAGCUGGGCUCUCUUGUAUAUUCCUGUAAAUAUACCAUAUAGAACGAACCACAGCUCUAGGAUUCAUCAUCUGCAUCCAGAAUCUUGUAUCUCAGAUCUUUUAUUGUUUUCCAACUUGUUUUGCGAUUGUAUACGAAGUGGGUGGGAGCGGGGGGUGAGAGAGAGAGGGAGUUUAGUUGUUAAGCUAAAACGCAUUAUUGUAUUAACUGUAAUUUGUAAUUUUAGCCCGUAAUUGUUAUCGAAUUUAGGCUUAGUCCCAAUCGUCUGCUAUGCAAUUUGUGAUGAGGUUUUGCUACACAGAAUAUAAACUUAAAUUAGCGCAUUUUGUCAAUAACUAAAAAAAAAAACUA